AUGGCACCUGCUGACAAACUCCGCAACCAACAAGAACUCGAGCGGCUUCAGGCCAAGUACGUCGGCACGGGACAUCCGGACACGACGAGCUGGGAGUGGAAGACCAACAUCCACCGCGACACCUACUCGAGCAUCGCCGGGCACCCGCCGCUUCUCUCAUAUCUUGCGCUGGCGGAAAACGUGCCGGUAGCGGCAGUGCGCGUGCGCAUGAUUCGAAAAAUGCUACAGCCGGUUGGGCCACCGCCACCGCGAGAAGGCGACGAAGUGCUCGUAGCGCCGCGACAGGACGGGUCAUGA